AUGGACAUCAACCUCGAAGAGCGAGCAUACACCUCCCCGCUGAUGCGGUACAUAUAUCAGAAAAAUGAGCCCGCGAAGAAAAGCAACGGUGAGGAAAAGAGUUACGGAUUUACACCAUUCAGCAUACGACUAGGAAGUCUUCCAAUAAAAAAUGCCAGCGACAACAAAUAUAUUUCAAAUAUGAACUCAUUAAACAUCGUGAACAUGCUUCCUUUGUCUUUAUUCUCCAACUAUAAUAGCAACAAUAUGAGCUCAACGGACAUUUUAUUUUUGCCUAAGUUCUCUACAUUCCUCUUUUUCACCAUCCCCAUUUUUGUGAUGCUUCCGAAUUUGACACUGUAUACGAAGCACUGGUUUUUCUUCGCCCCGAAGUAG